UUGUGUAGAAUGUGAACAAACAUGAAAGCCUAAACAUCUAUGGAGAGACAAGACGACAAAUGUGUGUGAACGAAUUAAUGGAUGAUUCUGUGAAACGAAAGAAAACAAGAUGAGUUAAAGUUUCGGAAAAUAGUUGUUACAGAAGGAUUUUUCUCUUGGAUUACGUUAUACCGUACAACAGGUGAAGUAGCGAGCGGUUGACCAUGCUGUGUUGUGUGUCAACAUAAAAGUGACUAAAUCCGUAGAGCAAUGUGUACACUACACAGACAGAACAAAAACUACUGUUACCAGAUUCUGAGGUGGGACCUCUAAUCCCUUAACGAGGUUUUUACUGGGAUAUAUUUCAAGAAAAUUUUCUUGUUGAGGACUUGUGAAUGUGAUAAUGGGUCUAUAAUGCAUUGCGCGUAGAGUGAACAUGGAAAUAUCGGGAUUUUCCGAAUGUGCCAAAUGUGGUCGAGCCCCGUCGCGGAAAAGAUGGACAGGAAUUGUGCUGGUACUAUUGCAGUUCUUAGUAACAUACGCCCAAGGACAGGGCCCUGGGACUAAUUUUUCAGUGUCGGAGGGAAGACCGCCAGGGACCUUAGUUGGAAAUCUGAUAAUACAACCUUCAUAUUCAUACUACUUCAAUGAGCCACAGUCAUACUUUUCAUUGAAUCCCACGUCUGGUCAGAUUUCCACCAAAACUGAAAUAGAUAGAGAAUUACUGAAAUCGGAUCGACUGAACAUUCUUGUGAUUAGUCGCCCGCCGGGAAACACCUCACAAAUUCCCAUAGAUAUCUACAUCACGGUGCUAGACAUUAAUGACAACUCGCCAACAUUCCCGGAGAGCCCGGUCCAGAGAGACAUAUCCGAAAAAGCCAACAUCGGAUAUAAAAUUAGACUGGAUACAGCCACCGACAAUGACAUUGGCAAAAAUGGCAAUGUUACAAAUUAUCAAAUCAUAAAGCGAAACGAUGAUGGGAGAAAGUUUAGAACAGUAUUCGAUCCAUCAAAAUUUGGACAAGUUUUAUAUUUAGAACUUAUAGAUAUACUUGAUAGAGAAGAAAAAGAUUCGUAUGAACUAACAAUAAGAGCUGCUGAUCAAGGCGAAUAUCCCUUGCUUGGAGAGCUAGUGGUACAAAUUCAGGUCUCCGAUGCCAAUGAUAAUCCACCCAUUUUCUCAUUGAGUCAGUACACUUCCACAGUAAAUGAAAGUUCGCCAGUGGACACUUUAGUUAUCCGAGUUGACGCCACAGAUGAUGACAUUGGUGAAAAUGGAAAUAUUUUUUAUACCAUGACUGAUGAGUCUAAGCAAUUCAAAAUCGAUGAGCGUACUGGAGAAAUUCGUACAGUAAGCACACCGCUACACUGUUACUGUGAUGGAUCGCAAGUGUGCUUGCCGGGUGAAUGUCUGUUCCUGACCCUAGAGGCCCGUGACGGUGGAAACCCCUCCCUGAACGGCAGAGCUUAUGUGAAGGUCAGCAUCAAAGACGAAAAUGACCAUGCACCAACCAUUAAUGUGAUGAACCAGGGUCCAAAUGACUAUAUCUCUGUCAAUGAAACAGCCAAAAAUGGUGAUUAUGUUGUGGCUAUAACUGUAAGUGAUGCAGACUCUGGAAUGUCGGCCAACAUAUCCUCCGUACAGAUCGUUGCCGGAAAUGAACUAAACCACUUUCGACUGAAUUCAUUUUUCCAAUUCAAAUAUAAUGCCUUGCUGGUGAACGUCAAUGGUUUGGACAGAGAGAGGAUUGACCAGUACAAUUUAACUAUACAGGCUGUGGAUAUGGGGUCUCCACCAAAGACAGGAACCAAAAGUCUUAUCAUUAUCGUAGCUGAUGUCAAUGAGUAUCCACCCACUUUCCUACAGAGACAGUAUGUUGCUAACGUCCUGGAGACCUUGCCAGUUGGAAGUUUCAUUGCCAACCUUGUAGCUGAAGACAAGGAUUCUGGAAUCAAUGCAAAGCUGACCUACAAGAUUUUAUCUGGUAAUAAUAAUGACUGGUUUGAAAUCAAUUCAGAAACUGGACUGGUAACACUGAAAAAGCAAUUGAAAUACAACUUGGCCCCAGAAGUUGUCAUGAACAUCUCAGUUCAAGAUGGAGCCAGUGUACCCCUAUUCAAUUACACCAAAUUAACAGUCAGAAUCAGUGAUGAGAAUGAUGUAACACCAACAUUUAGCCAGUCCUCCUACCAAGUUCAUCUGCUAGAGGGGCUACAGCUAGGCACAGAGGUUAUCAGUUUGACUGCUGCGGACUCCGAUUCUGGACUCAAUGGCUCAGUGAUCUACAGCCUUCAUCCAGAAGUCCAGGAAAUGUACCCAGACACAUUUAAUGUAAACAUUCAGAGUGGUAGAGUCAUCACUCUAAAACAGCUAGACAGGGAGACUUUAAGUCAGUAUGUUCUUAAAGUGAUUGCUAGGGACCAGUCUGUGUUGCCCUUGUCAUCGACAGCAACAAUCUACCUCACCGUGGAUGAUGAAAACGAUAACGUGCCGGUGUUCUACCCUCAAAAAUACUACACCAAUGUUAUCAGAUCGGCAACCUCGGGUACAAAAGUAGUGAAAGUGAAUGCAGUGGACCCAGAUCUAGGAGAUGGGGGCAGAAUCUAUUACUCCUUCCCUACCGAUUAUCCACAGUUUGUGCUGGAUACUAACACUGGUUGGAUAAGUACCACUUAUGAGUUUGAGAGAUCAAGUCAACAGGAGUACUCCUUACAAGUCACAUGCAGGGACACAAAUACAGUGCACAGAGCAGCAGUAAACGCUGUUGUGAAAAUAACAGUUGUGACAUCUCUGAAUUCUCUGCCAGUGUUCACCAAAAGCAGUUACCAGUUUACUGUAAUGGAAAAUUUAGCUGGGAACCAGUUUCUCGGAUCUGUUGCAGUUUCUAGUGGUGGAUCUCCAUCUUUUGCAAUCACUGAUGGGGACAUUGAAGGCAGUUUCAAAAUUGAGGGUCAAAGAGGGGAAAUUCGUACAACCAAAUCUUUGGAUCGGGAGCAUAUUUCUCGCUAUGAUCUUACUGUCACUGCUACAAAUAACGAUGGCACUUCAGAGGUCAAGGUCAUUGUCACAGUACUGGACGCUAAUGACAACAAACCAGAAUUUAAGUAUGAAUUUUUAGACGUUGAACUGCAGGAAAACAGUGCAGUUGGCCAUGAAGUUUACUAUGCUUUUGCUGUAGAUGAUGACUCUGGUCAAAAUGGGUUACUAUCUUAUGCCCUCACCACCAAUACCAACUUUGUCCAAAUUAAUCAAAACACUGGAAUGAUUACAAUGUCAAAACCAUACCAGAGAGUCUAUGGAAACAAAUUCAACCUUACAGUCACAGCUUCAGAUUCAAGUCCAUCUCCUAACAGUGCUUCAAUGGUUGUGCAAGUGCACAUUGUAGAUGUGAAUGACCACAAUCCAGUGUUUCCCAAAACAGACUAUGCUAUCACUUUGGAGGAGUCUACACUGGUGAACACGCAGUUUCACACCCUCACUGCCACAGACGCUGAUGUCGGUAGAAAUGCAGCCCUAGUCUACAACAUCACAAAGGGAAAUGAUGAUGGAAAGUUCGGAAUCUUUCCGGAUGGAAAACUAUACAUUGCUAAGCAGCUGGACCGGGAGACUAGAGAUCUGUAUAAACUGACUGUUAUGGCUCAGGAUCAUGGUGCCCCUGCCAGGAGCUCUGAAGUUAAUGUAACCAUUCACAUCCUGGACAGUAAUGACAACCGGCCAAGAUUCCUCAACCAGACGUAUUCCUUCUAUGUGUCUGAAAAUGUCCCUCCAGGACAGAAGAUCGGUGCUGUGAAGGCAGUGGAUGCUGACAUUGGCAGAAAUGCUGAACUUGCCUUCCUGUUGCCAGAAGACCAAGAUGACUUUGCCAUUGAUUUCCAGACUGGAGAAAUUACAACCUUAAGAUCCUAUGACAGAGAAGCUUUAGUGUCGGAGACAGGGAAUGAUUACUACAGUAUAGUUGUCACUGUGGUGGAUAAUGGAGUCCAAAGACAACAAGACUCUGUGACUGCCCGUAUUUAUGUGCUGGAUCAGAAUGACAAUCCACCCCACUUUGACAGAGACAUUUACAGAACAUCAGUGAAAGAAAACCUUGCCAAAUACUCAUUUGUAUACAAAGUGACAGCCACUGACUUGGAUGUAGAUGAAAAUGCUGCCCUAACCUAUGACAUCAUUGAUGGAAACACUGAUGACAUGUUCAACAUAAACCCAGGAACUGGACAAAUCUCUUUGAAUGGAAACCUAGACACAGAGACUCAAGAUCUCUUUAGUCUGCAGAUCCAGGCAGCAGACAAUGGGAAGUCCACAACAUUCACUGCUUCAACCAUGGUCAUCAUCAGUAUUCUAGAUGUCAAUGAUAACACACCACUCUUCCAUCUAACAGUGUACGAAGUGAACAUCCGGGAAGAUGCCAAACUUGGAGAAAAACUGAUACAGGUCACUGCAGAUGACACAGAUCUGGGCAUCAAUGCUGAAAUCGAGUAUUCCUUGAGUGAAUCUGAUGGAACUUUUGUACUGGACAGUCAUAAUGGAAAUCUGUACUUGGCUAAACUUGUGGACUACGAGACAAGGAAAGUCUACAGUCUCAAGGUCAUUGCAAUGGAUAAAGGGGACCCAAGGUUGUCAUCAGAAGCUGACUUAAAUGUUCGGAUUAUGGAUGUCAAUGACAACUCUCCAGAAUUUACCAACGACUUCUCUGUCUUAUCCAUCUCAGAAAGCACUGAGCGAUUCAGUAGUAUUGGCCAGAUCCUAGCAAACGAUAAAGACAGUGGAUUGUAUGGGCAGGUGGAAUACCACAUUGUCAGCCAAGAUCCUCCAGGAAAGAACUUUUACAUUGAUAAAAAUACUGGAAGACUCCGCUUGGAAACUUUAGUGGACAGAGAAGAGGUUGCUUCCUACAUGCUGACCAUUGUUGCCACUGAUCUAGCCCCCAAUGCCAGUCUACGUCUGACAUCAGAAAAAACUUUUUCAAUUCAAAUACUUGACGAAAAUGACAACAGUCCAAUUUUGCGGAGUGCACCAGCGAUACAGAUACAGUAUCCCACAAGUCAAGAUCAUAUUGGAACCAUUUUGGCCUCGGAUCCAGAUUCAGGCAGCAAUGGAACUAUUGUGUUUCAACUUUUGAGUUCAGAAUUGAAUGCCUAUUUCAACCUGGACAGUAGGCUCGGAAAACUUUACCUGACGAAUAACCUUCCUCAGAGUCCAACCAUGUACAAACUCAGUGUCAAGAUAUCAGACGAAGGCUACCCUGCUCAGACCACGACCGUCACAAUCACCGUCAUACUGAUGCAGAGCUUGGACACUAAGACAGGGCCGCAAUUCAGCAAUACCCCGUAUCUGUUCUCUGUUAGGGAAAAUGUGCAGGCCAAUGUGAAUUCUGUGCUUAGUUCAGAGGCUAGUGUGGAAUAUUACAUAGUGAAUAUCAAAUCUUCUUUCGGUCAACCUGGAUAUUACUUCACGUUAGACAAGACCUCAGGAAUGAUUCGAACCAAUGGGAAGCUGGACAGGGAGGUGACAGGGAGCCAAGUAAAUCUGACCGUGUGUGCAGUGAACACCCAGUCCAACAGUCCACAGGCUACACUGGAAGAGGUUGUGAUCAGUAUCAUUGAUGACAAUGACACACCUCCCCAGUUCUCACAAACAUCCUUUGUCAAGAAUGUGGGUGAGGACCUGCCUGUGGGGUCAGAGAUUCUACGCAUCACAGUGACGGACCCUGACACCACCCAGGGGACUCAGACUCUGAUAAUUGCUAACGGAAACUAUGGAAACUAUGCUCUCAACAGUCAGACAGGUGCCCUCACAAUAGCCAGAAGACUGGACAGAGAAGUAAGAUCCACUGACAGACUGAUCAUUGAAUCCUCAGAUGGCACUAACACAGCAGUGGCUACAGUGAAAGUCAACAUCACCGACAUCAACGACAAUGCCCCGGUCUUCACCAACGUUUUCUACUCCUUUGAUGUCCCUGAGGACACUCCAAUCGGAACCACCAUCGCCCUGGUGGAGGCAGUGGAUGCUGACCAGGGACUCAAUGGAGAGGUGGUGUACACCCUUGUCUCCACUUGGGGACAGUCCAUUUUCCACCUGGAUCCACAAAUGGGAACUAUCCGUCUCAUCAAAAAUGUGGAUUACGAGCAGAACCACCUCUUCUCUCUGACUAUCCUGGCCUCGGACAAGGGCAGUCCCAGUCAGUCCACCUCAGUGUUGGUGUACCUCAACGUCAAAGAUGUCAACGACAACGAGCCACAGUUCAACCACCAGAGCUAUGCUGGGCAGGUUCUGGAGAACGCUGCUGUUGGUACGGUCGUACUCACUGUACAGGCCACGGACAUAGACUCAGGACUCAAUGGUCAGCUGAGGUACUCCUUACUGGAGGGUAACUCCUCAUCCGACUUUGGCAUAGGGACAGACAAUGGCACCAUCUACACCCUACAGAAUCUGGACCGUGAGACACGGUCAGUGUACUCACUCGUUGUCAUAGCAACGGACCAAGCUGAGCCAUCAAGUUCUCAGAAGAGUACUACUACUGAGGUGAUCAUCACAAUCUUGGAUGUCAAUGACAACUCUCCCGAGUUUGUGACUCCAUCCCAGAUCUGGGUGAAGGAGAAUUCCUCGGUGGGGUCCAUUGUCUAUAUAGUCAGUGCAGUGGACAUUGAUGAGGGUGUGAAUGCCAAAGUGAUGUACAGUCUAGCUUCUCAUCCAGUGUUCUCCAUCUCCCCUACCACGGGUCAGAUCAGCCUGUCAAGCCCGCUAAACAGGGAGCUGAUCCAGAACUACACCUUACAGGUCACCGCCACAGACUGGGGACUGGAGUCUCGAUUCUCGACUCAGAAACUCGUGAUAAUGGUAGAGGACGUCAACGACAACCCACCAGUGUUUGUGCCCUCUGUCUACUCAGAGACUGUGCGUGAAGAUGUUAAAAUUGGAACCACUCUGCUCCAGGUUACAGCAACGGAUAGUGAUUCUGGAUUAAAUGGCGUGGUGCGAUUCUUUAUAACCAGUGGUGACGACAAUGCGGAUUUCAGCAUGGACCCUAGCAGCGGUGUUCUGAGAGUGCAGAAGAAUCUGGACUAUGAGAGAGUUAACAAGUACACCCUGACCAUCCAGGCGGAGGACAUGGGAGUCAGCCCUCGCUAUUCUGUCGCUUCUGUCACCAUUACCAUACAGGAUGUCAACGAUUUCCAACCGGUGUUCCAAAAUUCACCGUUUUAUGCCCUGGUGAGGGAGAAUAUGGCUUCCUCUCCCCCUGUGCCUGUGAUCACCCUCUCUGCUGUGGACUUGGACUCUGCCCCCAACAGUCACCUAACCUACGUACUGAGGGAGGGAGACAAAGGAGUCACCUCCCUCUUCCAGAUCAACUCGGUUUCAGGGGAGAUAACUUGUAACCAGACCUUGGACAGAGAGCAGGUGCCCCAGUACAAAGUAUUGGUAGUGGCCAUUGAUUCUGGAUCUGAACGCCUAACAGGCACCGGGACCAUCUACAUCGAGGUGGAAGAUGUCAACGACAAUGCACCAAUGUUUGAUCGAAGCUCCACUUAUGUAGGUCAUGUACAGGAGAAUCAACCAGGACCCACUGACAUCCUGACAGUGACAGCCACUGACAACGACAGUGGGCCUAAUGCUCAAAUCAGUUAUAGUCUGCUGGAUGAUGUAGACGGUAGAUUUGCCAUCAAUACAACCAGUGGCAUUCUGACAUCCCAGAAACUCUUGGAUCGCGAGGACACCGCACUCUACCACCUGACUGUGGUAGCAAAGGAUCAUGGGAACCUGGCCAAGUCCGCUGAAGCCAACAUCACUGUCUAUGUGGACGAUGUCAAUGACAACGUCCCACAGUUUGAGAAACAGACCUACAACAAAACACUGAAUAAUCCAACUUCUUUAGGUCAGUUUGUAGUGGGAGUAACCGCCGUUGAUCGUGAUGUUGGACCAAAUGGACGUGUUACUUACCGACUGCAGGGGGGCGACUGCUCCAAAUUCAACCUGGACAGUCAGAGAGGCAUCAUCACUGCUGCAACCUUCAUGUCUGGAGCUGGAUCGAGGUUUCAGUGCACAAUAGAGGCUAGGGACCAGGGUUCACAAGAGAAGAUGUCCACCACGACACUUGUGGUUGAGAUUUCGUCUGUAGGUCCCUCCAGUAUCCCUGUGUUUGACACAGUGAACAGUCCUGUAUCACUAAAUGAGGGAGUCUCACUGGAGCAUGUGGUGACUACUGUUACCGCUCGACCUGCAACUAACAAUGGUGUCAUCAAGUACAGCAUUGCCGGUGGAAAUGUUGGCAGUACUUUCCGCAUCGAAGAAAGUUCUGGAACCAUUCGUGUGGCAGGAGAAGUGAACUACGAGAUGACCCCUGAUUUCCACCUGUGGGUUCAAGCAACAGAGGGUGACAAUCUCUUACUCUCGGCAUAUAAAGAAGUUGUCAUCAACAUCGUGGAUGAGAAUGACAACACACCCCGCUUCCAAGAAGGAGUAUACAUUACAUCUAUCAGAGAAAAUGUCCCAGUCUCCUCAAAGGUCUAUACAGUGAAUGCUACUGAUGCAGACAGUGGGGACAAUGGAAAGGUUGUGUAUGUCCUUGCUGGGGGAAAUGUGGACAAUAUUCAGGGUACAUUCAAUGUCGACCCUGUGACUGGAGUCAUUCAAACCAAAGUGGCUUUAGAUAGAGAGACCCAGGAUUUUUACAAUCUCAUCAUUGAGGCUCAUGACAUGGGAUUAAUUCGUAGAACUGGCACCACCACUGUCAGAGUAACACUAAUCGAUGUCAAUGACAACUCGCCUACAUUCUCCACCAUAUUCUCUGUGACCAUACCGGAGGAUCUUCCAGUCAACAGCUUUAUCAUCCAGGUGACCUCCACUGAUAAAGACAUUGGAAUCAAUGCUAAGGCUCACUACAGCAUAGACACCACCGCCAACUACUCCAACUUGUUCAACAUUGAUGCUGACUCUGGCAACAUCACCUUGAAGUCUUCCAUCGACAGAGAAGCACUCCAAACUCAGAGAAUCACUAUUCCACUUAUUGUGGAUGAUGGGUCUUAUUCCACUCGUGGAUAUCUACACUUGUUUGUCACGGAUGUCAAUGAUAAUGCACCACAAAUUCAGCCCCCAGUUACCUUCAACUUCUUAGAGCUGCAGCCUGUUGGCUCCACUGUUGGCAAAUUAACAGCCCUUGACAAUGAUGUAACCUCACCAAACAAUGUUUCCUAUUUCUCCUUCAAGCUGCCAUCUUCAGAGUUUGCCAUCGAUGACACGACAGGUGUAAUCACAUCCAAGGAGACACUUACCUACAUCUACCACAAAAGCUACUCUAAUGCUCUGAAUCAGAGGGAGCUAGUGGUCAUUGCCACAGACCUUGGAACACCAGCCAAGUCCUCCGAGGCCAUCAUCACCAUAGAGAUAAUUGAUGCCAAUGACCACGCCCCAGUGUUUGAUCAGGACCUGUACUUCUCUGCGGUACCCGAGAGUGCUCCUCAGGGAGAGAGAAUACUGACCGUGCUGGCUCAGGACAAGCUGGAUGUUGGGCAGAAUGCAGAGGUGGAGUAUUUCAUUGAAAGUGGAAAUGGAUCCAGUUAUUUCUUCAUCAACAAAACCACAGGUUUAAUCACAGUUGCUCAGGUGUUAAGUACCAAGAGAAACCAGGAUUUCACAAUUACCAUUCGAGCAGAGGACAAAGGAAUGCCUCCUAAAUCAGCUACAGUUCCUGUCCAUUUGUCAAUCACAGCAGAGAAUAGCUACACUCCAGUGUUCCAACCUGCAAGCCGUGUGUAUAACGUCCAGGAAGAUGCUCCUAUUGGUCAGAGUGUUGCUAGGGUAACCGCCACUGAUCAAGAUAGUCCUGGUCCCAAUGGUAAAGUCUCAUACUACAUACUAGGUGGAAAUCCAGGUGGAGUUUUCCAAAUCAACUCAGAAAAUGGUGUCAUAUCUGUUGCUAAGGCUCUGGACUAUGAUUCUCCAACAAACAUAUAUUUGCUAAAUGUAUCUGCAAGGGAUUCUGCACUACAUUACAAAGAAGCAACUGUCAUCUUAACAGUCCAGUUGACCGAUGUGAAUGACAACCCUCCUUUGUUCACACAGUCUCAUUUUGAAGGUUUUGUCCCUGAGAAUUCUCCGUCGGACACCAGUAUCAUCAAGGUCCAGGCAAGAGACAUUGAUACAGGGGACAAUGCACGCAUUGAGUACUACAUCAGUGAGUCAGGAAGUGACCAACUCGCUCUCACUUUGUUCAAGAUCAAUAAAGACACUGGAACUCUAAUGACCAAAGGAAUCCUGGACUAUGAAAACCAAAUCAAAUAUUCAAUGGUUGUCAUCGCCAGAAAUCCAAAUAACGUGAAUAUGAGAAACACUGUGAAAGUCACAGUACAUGUCACUAGUGUCAAUGAGUACUACCCAGAAUUUGUGCAAAAGACCUAUGCCUUCUCUACCAAAGAAUCUGCUGCCAAUGGAAGCGUUAUUGGCAAAGUGAGUGCAACAGAUAGGGAUAAAGGAAUUGAUGGAGUGGUGUAUUACUAUCUGAUCGGUUCCAGCAAUGUAAAAGGGUUCAGUGUCAACUACAAGACAGGGGACAUCUUUGUAUCUGGUAAACCAGAUUAUGAGAGUUCUCCACAUGUAGUGCUGAAUGUUUUGGCCAAGAACUGGGAGAGCGUGAAGGGAAAUGACACAGAUACCUGUACGGUCACCAUCUCAGUAGAAGACGCCAAUGAUGCACCAGUAUUCACUCAGAGCCUGUACCAAGCCAGCAUUCUGGAAAACUCUGCAGGAGGAGUCACUGUCACUACAGUAACAGCCAAUGACAGGGACAAUAUGCCAGAAGACAGACAGUUCAGUUACAGAAUUCUGAGGGGUGGGGAAGAGUUCUCUAUUGACCCCACGAAUGGUCGUAUUCACACCACAGGUAGAGGGAAGUUGGACAGGGAGACCAAUGCCACCCACUCCAUCUUGGUGGGAGCUGUGGACAGAGGAACCCCACCCGCCACAGGAUCUGCAACAGUGAGAAUAACCCUACUUGAUGAGAAUGACAACUCCCCUUACUUCACUCCAGCAGACUUGACUGGGUACAUCAAGGAGAACAUGCCAGUGGGGACCAGGGUGAUGGAUCUGGUCACAAACACUGCUGAUCAGGAUCUAGACCUGGUGGGACAGCCAGGAAACCAAGGCCCAUUUAGAUAUCAAAUCUCCACAGGUUCUGACAACUUUGAAAUCUCAGCAGAAGGACUAGUGGUCACCAAACAGGUUCUAGACAGAGAGGCACCCCAAGGAAGUGAGCAUGAUGUCACUGUGAUUGUGAGAGAUGCUGGAACACCCACUCAAUCAGCAACCUUGACAUUCAAGGUCGUUGUCGAAGACGUUAACGAUUCUCCGCCUCAGGCUAGAGAUCUUGUAAUCCAGGUCGGUGUGUUUGAGACGACUUUGCCCACAGCUCCAGUAGCAGACGUUCGACCGCUGGAUGAAGACAUCACAGGGACCUACACUUGCACUGUGACUGAUGAGUACUACACAAUAACCAGGGGUGCUGGAUGCCAGUUAACUCUACUCAGUUUCCAUACACCACCUUCGCGAACACUGAAUGUUCAAGGAUCAGAUGGAAAUAUAAUGGUGUCUUAUAAUGUCAGAUCAUUACUGGUUUAUUUCGAUAAUGUCACACUGGAUAAUGUUGUUAUCAUUUACAUUGAUGGAAUUACAAAAGCAGAGUUUGUGAAAGAAAAAUUUGAUAAUUUUCAAAAAGCUGUGUCAAAGUUAUUCAGCAUAGAGGACAGUGUGACCAUUCUGAAUGUGGACUCCAAAGAUGCAGGAACCCUUGUAUAUGUCAGUGUAGUCAAAGCAUCAGGAACAGUAGUGUUGCAUGACUUCUUGAAACAACAACUAAACUCCAACAAGCAAGCUGUUGCGAGUGCCAUUUUCCCUAACAUGGUCAAUCCAGAAAACAGAAUCCAGAUUGGAUACUCUGUUUGUGAAGUCUCCACGUGCAAUUCAGGGACUUGUUUGAACCGAAUCAAUGUGAGAUCGGGCCUCCAUACAUUGGACUCCCCACUAUUUGUGCUGACUUCUCCAGUCAUGGUGCCUGACUUCUACUGUAGCUGUCCAUCCCAGUACACUGGUCGCUACUGUGAAGAACCAGUACAGCCCUGUGGGGGCGGGUUCUGUAGCAACGGUGGGUACUGCCAGAAUGGAGUAUGUCAGUGCCUCGAGGGAUGGCUUGGACAGAACUGCACACAGGAUAAAAAUGAAUGCACAUCCAGUCCAUGUCAAAAUGGGGGUACUUGUAAUAACUUACCUGGAUCUUACACCUGCCAGUGUCCAGAUGGAUACACUGGACAACACUGCGAGACCGGAUCCAAUCACUGUGCAUCCAGUCCGUGUCAAAAUGGUGCCCAGUGCAAGAAUGAACUGGAUGGCUUCCACUGCCAGUGUCCCUAUGAAUUCUGGGGAAAUCGGUGCCAGCAUGUGUCUAAAGGCUUCACUGAACAGUCUUACAUGGAGUUUAAUUCAAUUGAUCAGAACCUGAAGGACAUUGACCUUGACCUGACCUUCUCCACCAUCAAGUCCAAGGGACUUCUCCUGUACAAUCCAAGCAACACUGGCAAGUUCCUGGCGCUGGAGAUUUUCAACAAAAAAGUCAGAUUCUCCUUCAACUUUGGAGACGCCACAGCAACAGUUCUUACUGUUCCCAAGAAUGUGUCAACGGGAGAGUGGUUCAGAGUUCAAGUCCAGAGGAGGCUAGCUGUUGCUGAAUUAAUGGUGACCCACUGCCCUGCUACAAGUACAGAAUGCAACACUUGCCAGAUCGGAGACGACUCCUGUUACAGGAAAGGCAGCCAAUCAAACAACUAUCUAGAUUUAAAUGGUCACCCCAUGUUCCUCGGAGGACUCAAAGACAUAGAAAUCAUUCAGACCCGCCCAGGACAAAUCAGCUCUCACGACUUUGUGGGCUGUGUGAGGGAAUUCCGAAUCAACACUGUCAACCACCUGACAUCCACCACCCCCAACAGCCAGAGUAAUGUCCUCGAUAAAUGUCCUCGUUCCUCACCGAGUGGUCACUGUCGGGCGGGCAGCUGUAAGAAUGGGGGUCGCUGUGUGGAAGAGUGGGAGGGGUUCUCCUGUCGAUGUACUCUAGGGUUCUCUGGGACCACAUGUGAAAUAGCAUCUGGACCACUUGGAUUUGGAUCAAAUUCACGUGUAAGUUUCGUUCAGAAGGAAUCCUAUAGACGAGAUCAAAUCAUAAGCCAAUCAAAUUCAAGAAAGCGACGUGCCAUUGACACAUCAUCGGUUAUGAUCAGAUAUCGAACAACUGCCCCCCAGGAACCCUUGCUGAUUGUGUCCACCCGUACUGAUCAAGGACUUCUCUGGGUUGGAUCAGGGAAGCUGGUGUAUACAUUCGGAUCUACCUCUGCAGUGCUCAGUGAUGGUAGAGUACAUGAUGGAGAAUGGCACAAUGCUACCGUCGUCGUCACAGGAAACCAAGUGACACUAAGGUUGGAUGAUAAGGAACAUCAGCAGACACUGAGUGGAGCAUACAAGUUCUCUGAUGUCGCAAUCACCAAAAUGGUGCUGGGAUCUAGUGAGUCGCCAAUCAAUGUGGACAACAGCAAAGUCCAUGCUUUUUCAGGCUGUAUAUCCCUGUUCAAAAUUGAUGGGACUCCUGUGCCACUGAAUGGCUCCACAGAUCGUUUUGAUAUCACACCAACAGAAAGUGUGGAGUCUGGAUGUUCCGCUUUGUGUGCAGGAAAUCCAUGUGGAGGAGGUGCUUGCUCAGUAAAUCUGGAAACUCGUGUGUGCGCCCAAGUCAGUGAGCCGCCAGAGAGCCUCAGUAUUGGCAUCAUCGUUGUGAUUGUGUUCUUCGGAGUUCUUUUAAUCGUAAUCGCAAUAGUGUUUGUGCUAUUCCGCAUGCGCCGUCAGAGAAAGGAUCCCAAAAACCAAGCCGGACCAAAAGAGAAUGGUCACGUGAACAAAAGUUACAACAACACCCCACCUAGCCACCAAGAUUCUGGGUAUGGAGAGAAUGAUUACAACCGACAAAACAACCUUAACACAACAUACUCACCUAAUGGACUACACAGACCUGAUCUGAUCAACUCAGAUCCAACUCAACGGAAGCCGUACGAAAUAGAUGAUGGUACCGUAAUCAUUGACAAUGGUGAUGUGAACAUGAACCAACUAAAUGAUAUGCCAGAACACUAUGACCUAGAUAAUGCUAGCAGUAUAGCACCGUCUGACAUAGAUGUUCACAUGCACUACCGAGGUUAUCGCUCAGGUUAUAACGACAGAUCGCGAGAGCGUUCUCACAAGCGUCACAAGGAGAGUCCCGCUACUGGAUACAAGUCCCGGGAAAGUCCGGGACCGGGGGCCCUCAAACUACAGACCUCAGGGCGACUACGAAGUAGCCCUGCUAAUAACUUAGAGGUGCCACACAAUCCUAGUCACUCCGCUAGGAGCAGUCCUGCCAAUGUAGGAAUGCGCAAUAGUCCUAUCAAUCAACUUUCACGUCAAAGUCCGCAAGUGCGGGCUAGUCCAUUGAUUCAUUCUAAUGUGAGAGGCACUCCAGUGUCCAACAUUCAUCAUAGCAGAACAGAAUCAGAACACAGUCUUGCCAGUCAUCAUAGUAAAAGUUCAACUAGCUCAUCUGUUCCUAGAACUGUACUGCCUAACGGACACGUCAAGUCCAGCAGGCACAAAUACUACGACCCAAACUCGCGUCAAGUGAAGGGUCUUACUGUUGAGGAGAUUGAAAAACUGAACGCCCGUCCACGCAGGCCCAGCCCUGUGAGUUUAUUGGAUGCUGUGUCGUCAUCAGAGGAGGGACGUCACAUGGCUAAUAUACGAAUGAGCACAAUAAACAGUGACGUGGAGCUGGUGGCACCCGAGUCCAGCUCAGAGGAUAGUGCUAAUGACUCGUUCACAUGCUCAGAAUUUGAGUAUGAAAAUGAGAAAAAUAAGAAUGAGUUUGAUCCUAAUGCAAUGAUAUUUUCGAAAGUGUCAGAAGUAGACAAUGAACACGAGGAUCCCGGUCAUCCAAAUCGAACUUCCCAGUCUGAUGGCCUGGACUCAAAUGGAGGUUCGUUCGCCAGCACGGUAGGUUCCUCCGAAGAGGGACCUCAUGCUGAGCACAAACUACUCAAUGGCCACUUCGCCUGGGAUUACUUGAUGAACUGGGGUCCAAGUUACGAAAAACUUGUGGGUGUGUUCAAAGACAUUGCUUCAUUGCCUGACGGAGAGACGAGUGAGAAUCAGGGUGAUCCCGUCGCAGCAGAUUGUGAAGAAUAUGUGUGAUUGUGUGUGUGUGUCUGUUUGUGUGCAAGUCCUCCCAACAUUCCCUUAUUUAUUGCAGCAGUUAUUGAAUAUGCAAAGUCAAUGUUUAUUGACAUUUAUACAAAAUUGUAAAUACAUUGUAUGAUUGAUCAAAUUUGUACACAACGUUUUUAUUAUUUUAUUCAAAUUUAUGUUUUAUGUUUGUUUGGUGCAAAUUUUUGUCAUAGUAGAAAAUGAAUUAUGAGAGUGGAAAUGGAUGUAUAGUUUAACCUCUUUUUGCAUCAUAACUGAAUCCAAACAUUUUGUCUCAAGUGUUUCACUAGUUUUUAUAAGUCCCAUGAAAGGUGUAAAGCAAUAUCAUUGUAUUAUAAUUACUGUUAUGUCCAUGCCCCAAACAUUCCUAAUAGUCUUUGAGACAUUAUAUAUUUUUAUAAGUUUUAACAAAAGUCAACUGAGUUGGCAAUGAUGAGAGUUACAAAAGUGUGCAUUUAUUAUUUUGUUGAUUUCAUAUACCCUACUUAAUUUUUAGUCCAGUCCCAUCAGAACAAAGUAGGCAUAUACCAAAGUUUCUGACAACACAGCAUUUAAUUCUACAUGGUUUAACAUCCAAGAAAACUUCCAAACAUAUUUUGAAUUGUUUUUUAUUUUUAUCGGUGGCCAAAGAUUUCCUAUUUGGUUGGGAAUGAGAAAGUUUCAAGUGAAAAAAAAAGAAUUUAGAAGAAAAAGUUGAAAUUGAUAUUUCUCUUCAAAAGCAUUAUUAAGUAUGAAAAGUGUUUUAAUGUUGACAAUUUUUUGUUGAUAAACCAAUGAUAUUCCUUGAAAUGGAGAAUAAAACUCCGUGCAUCAAAGUCCCUGUUUGAAGCAAAAAGUACAGUUUUGUAACACCAAAGUGUUUUUAAAUUUAUACGAAAAAUUUUGUACAUCUAUUUUAUAGCUCAUUAAUUGCAAUAAUUGACAGGUAUAUGUUAUAAUAAAUGCAAUCAUGUGAUUAAUAUCUGUAAAAUAAACUGUCACCUUUUAUACUCAUAAUAAAAUAUCUAUAAAAGA